GUGAAAAUGUAAAUCCUGAGAUCUGAAGACUACCCCAACUGAGGACGCAUACGGGGAUGCUGCUUAUCUUCAGCCAAACGCACAGCCCCUCGAUUCGAUGAGAGAUCUCACAACACCCGCUGCUGAUGAUGGGAUGCACUGUGCUACCACCAGUGCCCACGUUUAGGCGACCGCUCCGCACUCCUGCAGAACAAGCCUGUGUGGAAAUAGAAGACUUUACUUGUCAGCAGGGACGUGGUGAUUUUUUUAGACGCGCUCAUUUGUAACUUACAGAAUCUCGAGCGUCAUUGUGCUCUUUUGUGUGGGGGAUCGUUUUGGUGCAACGGAGGAGGGGUACCCGGUGGAUACUACUGCUUGCUUUUGCUCAAAAGAAGCGCGCCUGUUUGGAUUUAAGCUGCAGUCCACUUUACGCCAACUGCAUUGCCACAAGGAGAGGGGGGGGAAUGUAUGUAUCAUGAAACUAGGCGCCUGCGGCUUUUCGCAUUAACUCUUUGAUGGAUGUGCGGACUUAAAUCCACAAGUGGGGUCGUUCUUUGUGCUUUUAAGCUAUACAUAAUAUCACUUCACAACUACAAUGAGACAACGUGUCGGGAGAGGAAUUGUUGCUCGGAGAAGUGGAGCCACAGAGCAGGACAGUGACUUCCAGAGGAUACCUACAGACGAGUGAAUGCCUUCUCUGAUGUGGAGCUUGUCGCUGUCCGACGCGCGAGUGGUGCUGAAAUUUGGAUGAUGCCUGGCCAGCGACUGCAAGGCUGCCGCUCCCUGCACCUCAACGAGGACAACGGCCGCUUCGUUUUGCUCGCCAUCCUCAUUUUAGUGUACCUGCUGUGUGGCGCUGCGGUCUUCUCGGCUAUAGAGAGGCCCUCCGAGCUGCGGGCUCACGGGCGCUGGAACGGGACGCUCCUCAACUUCAGUGAGACCUUCAACAUAAGCCUGCAGGAGCUGAACUCCUUCCUGCGGGAGUACGAGGCUGCCAUCGCCGCCGGAAUCCGGGCUGACGCUCUGAGGCCAAGAUGGGAUUUUACAGGGGCUUUUUAUUUUGUUGGAACUGUGGUGUCGACUAUAGGUUUUGGGAUGACCACGCCUGUGACAAUUGCAGGCAAAGUUUUCCUGAUCUUUUACGGGCUUCUGGGCUGUGCAGGAACCAUCCUCUUCUUUAACCUCUUCCUGGAGCGCAUCAUCACGCUGCUGGCUGUGGUGAUGAAGGCUGUGAGGGAGAGGCGAAUCAGGAACAGCGGCCUACUCCCACCAGGCAUCCGCCAUGACUUCUCAGCCUACUCCCUGCCAGGAUGGAAGCCCUCGGUGUAUCACGUGAUGCUGAUACUCGGCCUGUCAGCCAUCACCAUCUCCUGCUGUGCAUCAGCCAUGUACACGCCUGUUGAGGGCUGGGCUUACUUAGACUCUCUCUACUUCUGCUUUGUCACCUUCAGCACCAUUGGCUUUGGGGACUUUGUCAGCAGCCAGAGCGCGGCUUACGAAUACCAAAGCCUCUACAGGGUGGCCAACUUCUUUUUCAUGCUAAUGGGUGUGUGCUGCAUCUACUCGCUAUUCAAUGUUAUUUCUAUUGUCAUCAAGCAGGUGCUCAACUGGAUGCUGGAGAAAAUGAGCUGCCUGUUUUGCCAGCGCUGCAAUAAGGCUAAUGCUUUCCUAGGCAGACGCAAUGCCAUCCGCCCGGGCUCCAAAGGUCGCAAGGGUCGGUUUGGUCAGCCGCCCGACUCAGACGGACCUUGUGACAGUGACACAGAGGGCCGCAGAUUAUCAGGGGAGAUGAUCUCCAUGAAAGACCUGGCAGCCUCUAGCAAGGUGUCGCUGGCCAUCAUGCAGAAGCAGCUGUCUGAGUCUGCCAACGGAUAUCCCAGGACAGUAUGCGGCAGCUCACGCCAUAAUGGUUUCUCUGGGGGGGUUGGUGCUCUGGGUAUCAUGAACAACAGACUGGCAGAGACAAGUAACUCCAGGUAGAGGGUGUGGGGGGCACUUUACACUCGUACUGUAAUAAGAACCCAGAGGUUGAUCGCCAUAUAAAAAUACAAAAAGUUUUGUCUAGGUUUUUGUUUCGAAAGGGAUUGCCAGUGUAAUAUCGACAUGCAUGAUACAUAUGAUUUUUUAAAAUACUUUUGGUUGGCCUGUGAUGAUACAGGUAUAAUAAUAAUGGUGAUGAUUUUAAUGAUGAUUUGGUGAUGAUGGUGGUGGUGAUGGCAUGAAGAGAGAAGCACAGAGUCAUCAAUAAAAAACAUAAACUGACCUGGAAGCAUGGGAACCAACAAUCGCCCAUUGACUUCAGUCCCAACCCAGAACAAACUGAGUCUCAGACAAAGUCUCUUAAAUAUCAGUGUUAUCCUGCAGAGGACACAGUCUGCUACACUCGCUCUAUACUAUCAGACUUAUACAACUUUAAUGACGUGCUGUAAAGCAGUCAAGGGAAACGUUCAGCACAGUAUUUACUGUUUGAGGUUUUGCCAGUUUAUUUAAAUGUGCGUACUGAAUGUUGAUGUAAAAGGAGCGUAAUCGCCGAAUGAUAUAGCACAUACUGAUCUAUGCAUUAUAUAUUUCUCAUGCAUUUUUUUGCACCAUUCCUUCGAUUGUGCAGAGCCCCCACCCCAGUUAUUUUUUCUCAUCUAUCCUCAGGUGAUUGAUUUCAUUUUUUUCCUCUUGCAUUGCUCAACAUGGAGAAAAAGAACAGAGUUGAAGAAUGAAAAUCCAUUUCUGGAAAAAAAAAAAAAAAAGGAACUGGUCCUCUUAUCAGCUAAGAACAUGCUUCAGCGGCCAAAGACUUUGACUCAAAGGGUAAAAGAGGGCACCUUCCCAACUUCGUCUCUCUCCUCUUUUUUUAUUAAAGCUUACAGCUGUCUGCGAAGGGAAGUAAACGAUAAAGCUUUUCUAAUUGCUCGUCCGCUGCAGCAUGCAGACAUGUAUUUGGAGAGCUGAAUAAAUAAGAAACAGCUUUAUGGAUUUAUAAGGUAUGUAUGUAUAAGAAAGUGGAAGGAGUUUGACAAGCAAAUAAAUUACAUGUGGCUUUAUUCCAUGGGCACAUUAUGUUAAAUGAUGCAGACUGAGCACGGCUGGGUCAGUCGUAGUCGCUAGACUGAAAACGGAUUCAUCAUUGUAAGGAUUUGUUUUCACUGAUGGAUGCUUUUUUUUUUCUUUUUUGUGCAUUUUGAGUGAAAAAAAAGGAAGAAGAAGAAGGCCUAAAGUCCUGCAAAGAUUGAUUUUUUUUUGUCUUGAGUUCAGCAUAAAUGUGCAGCCAAGGUUUUAUGGAUGGAGGGUGUUUGCGGAGGAUAUGGUUACCCUGUCAGGCUCACGAUCAAUGUCCCUGUUGCCGGCAACUAUCUAUUCUGAAGCGGCGGUGUGUGUGUGAUUUAAAGCCACGUGAUGGCGUUUGAUGUUUGUAAACAGCGUGACAGAGGAGGAGACAUUGAUAGUUAAACUGUCCGGGACACGUUGAUGAAGGGGAGGGAAGCAGAGAGAAAAGAGCUGGCCAAUGCAAAUCGGUGGUCUCUCUCAACCAAUGGCUCAACUCUCCCAUCUUCAGCAUCUGAUUGUCCCCCCCCUUGUCAUCUCUGCAUUCACUUAAUGCACACUGCACCAGAACUCUCCCGCUUCCUUUUUACUUGCAGAUCUCGGCUCUCUCUCCUCACGCCCAUCACUCUUACACUGUGAAUAUGAGACAUAUAUAUAUCAUUAUGAAGUGCUUUUACAGUAAGGCGCGAUUUAGAUCUGGAUCUUUCCUUCCAUCGAUUUUUAUCAUUCCUGUGCAUAGAUCUGAAUAAUUUGGUUUUACUCCCCAGUGUCACCAAGAGGAAUAGAAAAUGACUCAGGUAGUUAAAUCUUCAGGCUUGUCUUAGUUUCUCCCGCAUGCCAUUAUGGUGAAGCCAUACAAAAUAGCUGUAUAUAAAACAGAGUACUCUUUAAAGUCUAUUUUUCUACAUAUAGCUUUCGAAAUGUCUACUCGUGGAUGAUUGGAAAAGUCUCACUGUCACAUGUCUCUCACACAGUUGGUCAGCAGAUUGACAGGUACAGAAUCCAGAGUUUAACUAACCCUAUGGAAAAUGAGCAUGUUAGAAAAACAAACAAAACACAGAUGCUUUUCCAGAUGUUUGACAUUUUGUGAAAUGCACAUAUUUACUUUUGUGUUUUGACAGAGUUUUAGAUGAGAUGAUUGAUGCCAAGCUCACACCGAGUGUUAUCAGUGUGCUCAUUUACCUCUCUGCAAGACAGCAGUUGCAUGUAUUUCCCAAAAUGUCAGUUUAUUAUUUUAACAGUUCCCAACAAGGCAGCUCAUGAACAAGGAAGCGAGCAAUGUGUAGGUGAUGCGGCACAUGCAGCAGCAGAAUCGUCACGAUUUGUGCACAUAUUUCUGAUAGUAAUAGAAAAGUAAGUAUUAAACCCUGGGACGUUUGAGCAGGAGCAUGGGCAUGCUGUAGCAAAUGAUAUACUGUAGUUUGAAUUCAAUGGUGUUACCCUGUUUUACAGUAUGUCCAAGGGGAGAAGCACUGCUGCCACUUCUCUAGACUAAUGUUUCCUAAAUGAUGUGUUAACCUUCAUCUCCCCCCUGAGGCUUAAGGCUACAGUGGUAGAGGUUUCAGGAAUGCUUCUAUAGCUGUCAGCCGCGCUGUAUCUUUAACCUUACUUUCAACAAGGAUCAUAUGUGUUUGUAUGCAUUUGUGUAUCCAAAGAAGAGUGUAAAGGACUGAGAACAGGAAUCCAAGGACUAUCAUAUGUUAAGCAUAAUCCCCCAAAAAGUUACGUGACUCAAUAUAAUAUCAAUUAAAAUGUCAUUUCCUUAGGCGUGACACAUCAGGCUGUUAUAACACUGAAUAUAUUACUUAGAGUAAUGUUUGCUCAUCUAAAAAUGCAUGCAUGGCUUGAAAUCAAUUGCCUUACUUUAGUCCUUGCAUAUGACAAAGAGGUUCCUUAUUGAAACAAUUAUAGUGUGUAGACCUUGUGUGUUGUACUAUACUAUCCUUUUGCAUUUCGCAAAAUUGAUCUCCAUUGAUUGCAAUGGUUUUAACUGCCCCGUUGUCCUCUGUAUCUUCUGUAAGAGGAGACAGGUGGUCCUAAGAUCUACUGUAUGUUUGUAUUUGUGAACAGCAUAAAAGAGUCCUAAAUGUGUCAGUUACUUUUCUUUGUAUUGUAAUAUAGUCGUUCAUGUUCACAUGAAACACAGGCUCGGACUAAAAUGACGUAAGCACUAUUUGUAUAUAAUAUUGACUUUGUAGGUUCUCAGUCAUCCAGGUCAUGGUAGUCUAAGGAGCAUGAAAAAAACUGGACUCCUUUAAGGUUUCUGAAGAUGUUUCGGCUCUCAUCCAAGUGGCUUCUUCAGUUCUAACACCAAAAGGUUUUAGAACUGAAGGUAGAGAAUUCAAAGUAUUUAAACCCUAGUGGAGGUUUUACCCUAAGAGAGUUGCUGACACGCUGUUGAUUAUGUGCAUCAUCACAUGAGCCAAGGAGUGAAAAAGAUGUGGGUCAUUACCACAGGUACCACAGGUUUUGGGUGAGACCAUCGUGAGUCCUUGCAACACCCUAUCAUGUGACCUAUUGAAGUCAGCUGACACAAGAUGUGAGUGACGGUUGAGGAGCAUGGGUAGAGACCUCAAGAUUGCAUUGUACCUCUGUUUAGUGAUGGGCAUUCACAGUGGACAAAGAUGGCCCUUUUAAGGCAUCAGUAUACCCGCUGGAAUAGUUGAUUUGCUCCCCACCGCAGCCUCAUCAGAACCAGAAGCCAAGACUUUGUGUGUUUUUUCCAGAAACUCUCAAGUUUCCAAACAGCUGCAAAAUCUCCCUCUGUAUAUCUGUAUGUCCCUGUGCUUCUGUGCUGGAAUAUUAAUAACAUGGCAGUAAAACCCUGCAUGAUCAAUCCAGCUGCAGCGGCUGCGGUGCUACGUGCCAGGUUACAAAAAUCACAAGGUGCAGGACCAUCCAAGAUUGUAUCGUGCGGCACGUGAUGUGACUUCAAAAUUGGCGUGAGACACCGACAACACAGGCAACAUUGUGAGCAUAAUGGUCCCAUUAUUCCUCUUUUAACUCCAGACUUAAUAGUGGUCAAAGACCCUCCUAAGGGACACCACCCACUAGGGGUGGACUCUCCACCCUUUGAUUUUAGAUCCAAAGAAGCCUCUUGGAUGAGACGUGAUACAUUCUGACAAAACUUAAAGAAGUCCAGCUGCCUUCUGUUUUACAGCCAGAUUUUAUUCACUUCAGAAAGAAUCAGGUUAAUCGCUCCACCUAAUUUCCAAUCCAAGCAGAUCUGGAUUACACAGCGGUGACUCCCCAUCAGCUUAUCAGCAGUUAAAAUCACCACUGAGAUCAUUUAUUUUCUGUCAACACAUACUGUACUGUAUUCACAUUCAAAUAUUUGCUAAUCAGCGGCUAUUUGAGUGUGAAAUAGCUUAAGUAAAAAGCAACGCUUCAGUGGUCGUUACCAGUCCAAUAAUGAAAAACAAUUAGUUUGACAUUAGAAGAAACUGGAAAUGUUUUUAGCGUUAACCUUUAAAGCCGUCGACGGUGCUAAUGGCAUUAUCAUUUAUUCAAGCAAAUUUCCCUGUAAUCACAGUAUGAUGCAUAACACUUUGCUCUCUCCGGUUUCUGCUACAGAAGAGUGCAUGAACUCUUUUGUAUUUCAAGACUGUUAAAGAUGCUCGUUUCAGGGGGUAAAAACUGUAUUAUCAUCAAAUUGGCUGGAACACGCUGGAAAUGGCUAUUACCAGCGGGCAGGUAAACAGCCGAGCAGCUCAGUAACAGAAUGAUGUAUUAUUUGCUCAGCUUGGCUGCUUCUGAUCUUUAACAAGAGUCCAAUUGUUGGCUUUGAUCCGGAGCAUAAUUUCCAGAUUUACAGGACACAUGUCCCUGUUAGUUUGUUUUUGUGUGUUUUUUUUAGGAGGGGAGCUGAUAAUAUGGAGCAACAAAUGACAUUCAGCUCUCACUUUAGAAGCUGCUUUAUCUGUCUGUUAUUUAUGUUGAUCCUUAACUCGACUCAUGUGAACACGACGCUACACCUUGCUGUGUCUCAUGUUGCUUGCAUUGUAGUGUAACAUCAAGUUAAUGUAUGCAAAUGAAUUCUGUUUGCAAGUUGCACAUUUAUACCAAUGAUUGUACUUUUAUAUUUAUUAAAAGUAAAACCUAUAUGAAACAAGAAGGGGUUCCAUUAAACACUGAUAUUUACUGA